UCUUUCUUUUGAGCUUAAUAGGACUUUGGAAUCGAAGUUGCCCUAUACUUUUGGGAAUCGUAUUCUUACCUCGGCCUCUUCUUGCCUGAUCCAGCAGAAGCUCAAGCCCAGCCCGCUCGCUUUGCCCCAUAAAGUCUUCCAAAUGUCUGUUUGUUUGUCGUUCGAUAAAACGAUAGUGGUAGGAAAAAAAGCAAUGGGAGGCCAUUUGAUUUGAUGUAGUGUCCCAGGUGUAGGUGGGUCUACUUUCUGAGGAAAAGAAGAUUAUUUCCCAUGGAAGUUAGAAUGGUUGACUUAAGAAACCAAGUGGACUUCUAAAGGCGGCUUCAACUUCAUUGUGCGUGAUCAUGUCGUCCAAAGUAGGCUCCGCUGUAAUCUCAGACGGCUGUCCGGGGAGUCCAAAUUAGGGCAAAUGUGUGAUCGGACGGGUAAUAAUCAAGAAAAAUGAGAAUCUGAUGAUAGCUGUCCUUAUCAAGACCGUAGAUAAAAUCAAAUGUUGGUACGUUUCAUUUUCCUUUCGUUUUGUAAUUUAUUUUUAUUAAUUUAAGGGUGUUUUUAUUCGGACCGCCUUAUAAAUCAGUUUCCAUGUUUGGGUUUGCCCCUUCUGGUAUUUCCUUGUGACACAAUCAUAUUUUCCUAUUUAUCAAUCGAUCAGGGGUAGUUGUUUGCCUCUUCCUCCUCUCUCUGUCUCUCUGAGGCGGCGGCGGCGGCGGCUUAAUCCCAUCUCCCUAUAUACUGCUGCAGCAAAAUAAUAUUAUUGGGUUUGGCAAGGACAGCCACGAGCAAGAUAUGGUGAGUCCAAUUUACCAAAUGGGGAACAAAGAUAUGGGUCCGCCAUGGCUGAUACCAAUGCUAAGAGAAAGCUAUUUCAUCCCCUGUUCAAUCCACGGGGAGGCCAAUAAGAGUGAAUGCAACCUCUUCUGUUUGGAUUGUAUGGGGAAUGCUCUCUGCUCUUACUGUCUCAUUCACCAUAAGGAUCAUCGAAUUGUUCAGAUAAGGCGAUCCUCAUACCACAACGUGGUGAGGGUGAAUGAGAUACAGAAGUAUAUCGACAUAUCUUGCGUGCAGACAUACAUUAUCAAUAGUGCAAAGAUUGUGUUUCUGAAUGAACGCCCCCAACCAAGGCCUGGAAAAGGAGUCACCAAUACUUGCGAGAUUUGUUGCAGAAGCCUCCUCGAUUCCUUUAGAUUUUGCUCUCUUGGGUGCAAGCUUGGAGGCAUGAAGCGUGGAGACCCUGAGCUGAGUUUUACACUAAGAGGGAAGCAGGGUAAGGAUGCAUUCCAUGGAGGGUUUGAAUCUGAUGAGUCAUCAACACCAAAGAAGAUUAAAAGAACGCGUAUGUUCAACCGUUUGAUGGAUGGACUCACACUUUCUUGUAAUGGAGGAGAGAGGUACUCCAGUUCUGGAGACGAGGCCACUGACAUUUCUCCAUCGACUCCUCCCAUUUUCAAUCAUCGGAAUUCCAGGAGAAGGAAGGGUAUACCCCAUCGCGCCCCUUUUUAGUGGUUUACCUUAAUUAAGUAGAUAUGAUAUUAUUUAAGGGAAAAAAAGAGGAGAGGAGAUAAAGACUAGGAGAUGGCUUGAUAUGUCAUACUGAAAUAAUUUUAUAUAUGAUGAAAUGUGAGAGAAAAAACAGAGAGAUGGGGGAAAAGAAAGUUUGAGAAAUGCAAUAUGUGAGAAGAAGAAGAAAUGAAGGAAUGGCAUCGUCUUUGCCAGUUUCCUUUGGUACAUAACUCUAGAAAAGAUAGUGAGUUCUAAUAUUUGUAAAUUGUGAUCAGUUUUUUUUUUUUUUAAAUAUUUUUGUUUAAAAGUCUGGAAGUUAUAGGUUUGAUUAAUUAUAUUGUAUACAUAUCCAUGUACAAAAAGAUGACAUGUGAAGUUUAGGUUGUUGGGAAAGAUAGCAAUAAUGGUGCCGAACCAUGAUGGUAUAUGUACAGAACAUCCUUGGUUCAUAUGUAGAUGGUAAUUUCCAUAGUUAUUCUAUUAUUAUUAUUAU